ACUCAGUCAAAUCUAUGGCACUUUGCGACUUUGCCUGCGUUAUAUGGAGGAUGAUGCCAACAUAUUCACACAACUGCUGAAGCUGCUGGAGACGGUCAACUUUCUGCCGUUUGUAUCGAAGCUGCCACAUAAUGAGCUGGAGCGGUUUCUGCACAUGGCGGAGAAGCGCUUGGUGCGCAUACAACUGGAGAUUGGACACAUAAGAGCUGUGCUAGAGGCGUGCAGAAAGAGAGGCGUGGCUUCGUUGUCGCAGGUGAGCUGCUGUGAGCUGCUGCCGUGCAACAUAAGAGCGCCAAGCGCGCAGUUGCUGCUGCUGGGCGAACUGUUGCCCAAUUUGCAGCAGCUCAAAAUGCUUGAGGUAAUGCCGCAAGCAGUGCCACAAAAUCUGCGGCAGUUAACUGUGCUGCAGCUGCAUAAAGCGACGUCGCAAGCAGUGCUGGAGCAAAUCUUUGACAAUUGUCCGCAGCUGCAGCAGCUCCAGCUGUGCAACGACACAGCGUUACACAGCAGGCUCGAUAUACGGAACAUACACAACUGCCGACAGCUGCGUAAGCUGCAACUGCCGCUGCUCCUGCACUCGGCGCUAAGCUUGUGCCAAUUGCAGCAGCUGCAGCAUUUGUCGCUGCAGCACAAACAUCUGUGGCCAGGCUCGGACUGGCUGCCCAUUAUACGCGACAUUAUAGCAGCCAAGCGGCAUGAGCUGCGCAGUCUCAUUAUUGACGGCACCUGGUUGCCAAUAACGCUGCAAUUGGCGUCGCUGCGGCUACAAAGCUGCUGGGCGCUGACCGAGCUGCUGAUUAGCAACUGCAAACUGUCGGAUCAGUACAAAAACGGAUCGGUGCUGCCGCUGAGCCUGCAACGCUUGAGCUUUAAGCACUGCCAGCUGUUGCAACCGCUGUGCUAUUUGCGUUACACGGUGACGCUGCAAACGCUGGAGCUGCAUGGCUGCCAACUGCUUGCUGGGCAGGGGCAAUUGCUGCAGCAGCUGCUGCAGUUACGCAAACGUUUGCCCACCAUCGAACCACUGACGCUGCAGUUCAGCGAGUCGACGCCACUGCGCAGCGAAUUCACGAGCUUGAGCAGAGCGCGCUUGGAGUACUUCUCGGAAUGGCUGCGGGUGCAGGAGCUGCAUGAGAGCGCACUUAUUUGGCAACAGCAGCCGGGCAUGGUGAGCAUGAUAUUCGGUAAUCCAAUUACUGGCGUUCCCCAGCUCGAGCUCAAAUAA